UGAACUCUUCGGUACAGAAUACCCGAAAGAAGGCUUCGAGUUGUUGCCACCGCGGCCAGAGUUGGAGCACACGGCUUUGCAAAGCGGGAGACCUUUCGGCAUCAUUGAAGAAGCGAAAAUUCAAAAAAUCGGUGACAUCACUCUAGGACAAAUCUCUGGAUUAGCAUUCGAUCAACAGAAAAAUCUUUUCAUUUUCCAUAGAGGCUCGAGGGUUUGGGAUGGAAGUACAUUUGAUGCCUCAAAUCAUUUACAAGACAAGAAACCAAUUGCCGAGCCGACAUUAUUGAUGACAAGAUUCGAUGGGAACACUCCGGUGCUCGUUGAGGCACUUGGAGGAAAUCAAUUCUACCUUCCUCAUGGUGUCUUUGUCGAUGUUGAUGGCUACAUAUAUACAACGGAUGUUGGAGCGCAUACGGUCACAAAAUGGAAGAAAAACGGAAAAAAACUCGAUCUUGUUUGGCGUUUUGGAGAGGAAUUUGUGCCGGGCAGCGAUCAUGGACAUCUUUGUAAACCGACUGGAGUGACGAAGAAUGGAGAUCGCAUCUUCAUCUCUGAUGGUUACUGCAACGCGCGAGUGGUCGAGCUGACAGCUGACGGGAAAUACAAGGCUCAAUUCGGCGCUCCGGGUACAGGCGAAGGGCAAUUCCAGCUACCGCACGAUCUUGUCCUUUCACCGAAGAAAACCCUUCUUGUCGCUGAUCGACAAAACGGAAGAGUACAGGAACUCAACAUGGAAGGCCUUGUUCAAUCAGUCGUCUCCUCAUCACUUUUCACGAAUAUCUACUCGAGUGACUCGUUUGAAGACACGAUUUUCAUGGUUCCCGGCGAGAAUUCGUACAAUCGCUUCACACAAGACGAGAUUCCGAUCAGUGUUUACGGCUCUCGACUUGGCACCGGAUUGCUCGAGUUCGCUUUUUCGCCCACUUCCGAGCGUUUCGGUCGGCCGCACGUCUUGAGAGUCUCCCCCGACGGGAAUCACAUCUUCAUCGGUGACAUCAGCGAGAAAGGCGCCACUUUGUGGAAGUUUCGGAUUCAACACGAUUCUUCAACAGAAAGUCAUACAUUGUCUGGAGCAACCUACUACGAGAAAGCGUCGGCAGCAUAUGGGGCGAUCAAGAAUAAAGCCUCAACAGCUCCACUCACAUUGACGUUUUUCUUGCUUCUCGGAGUAGUUGCUGGUGGGAUUUACGUGUGGAUGAAGAAAGGUCGACGGAGAGCAAAUCCGCAAAAUGCGUUUGAUCGAAAGGGCUUCAAACGUCUCAACCAAGAGGACACGGUGGCUUUCUUCACAAGCGAUAGUGAAAGUGAU